AGCGGCUGGGCUCCUCCCGCAACCAAAAAUAGAAACUCAGCCGCCGCCGCGGCGCCGCCCCUUUCUCUUCUUCUCCCUCCCUGAGCGCAACCGCCCACCCAAAUCCCCCGCUCGCCACGAGGAACCGCCGCCUGCGAUGACGCGCCGAAGCCGGGAACGCCGCGCGGCCGCCGGCGACGGAGACCCCGCCGGCCCCCCGCAUUACGCCCCCGACGAGGAGCGCCGCCUCGCCGAGGAGGUGCUCUACCUCCACUCCCUCUGGCGCAGCGGCCCGCCCGCCCCCGCCGGUCCUCCCGCGCGACCCGCCGGGGGCUCCCGCGCCACCCGCGCCAGCGCCGGAGGCUCCCGCCCCGCCCGCGCCCGCCCCAACCAGCGGAAGCGCCGCAGGACCGAGCGCCCCGCCGCGGAUUCCGAGGAGCCCGGCGCCGACUGGCCCCUCGCGCCCUCCCCGCCCGCCUCCCCAUCCCCCGCCUCCUGGCCCGACGCCGCCCCCUCCUCCCCAGCGCCCAGGCCGCAGCCGCAGCAGCAGCCUUCCCCCGCCUCGCUCGCGCAGCGGGACGCGCUCCGCGCCGCCGAGGAGUUCUUCUCCGCGCGCGGCGCCGAUGGCGACGACGAGUCAGAGGGGUCCGAGUCGGAGGACGGCGGCGACGCGGCGGCCGAGUUCUUCCUGGGGCUGUUCGAGCGGGACGCCGGGCUGCGGGGGUACUACGAGCGGAGCCACGAGGAGGGGGAGUUCCGGUGCAUGGGGUGCGUGGGGAGGAAGAGGAAGGGCAGGGGCCAGGCCAGGAGGUUCCGGGACUGCGUCAGCCUCGUGCACCACGCGCGCGACGCCACGCGCUGCGGCAGGCCGCUUGCGCACCGCGCGCUCGCCGCCGCCGUCUGCCGUGUGCUCGGCUGGGACGUCAAGCGGCUGCCCAGCAUCGUCAUCGACCCCUGCGGCACGCUCGGCCAGGCGCUGCUCGCCAGGGAGGGGGCGAGUGCCGCCGCUUCCACCGCCCAGGAGGCAAAGGAGAAUGUUGAUAGUGUGCACAAUGAUGGCGUGGAUGCAGUGAAGGAGGAUGUUGGUUCGGAGAAGAAGGGCUCCUUGAAUGAUGACAGGAAGGAGGAUGUUGAUAGUAGAAUGAAUGAGGCCGCAUUAAGUGAUGGGGAUGGAGCAAAGGACGGUGUUGAUACAGGGAAGAUUGGCCCUCCAAGUAAUAACAAUGAUGGAGAGGUUCAUGAGCAAGGGAGUGGUGCAGGAACUGCUGAAAAGGAAGGUGCUAUUGGCACUAAACAGGAGCAUCCUAAGAGUGCAGAUGAUAUGAGGGGCACUUGUAAUGUCAGACUAGAAAACAAUUCAUCAAAGGAAGAAGCUGCUACAGAGAAUAAGGAGGAGCAUACUGACGGUGUUGUUGACUCUCGAGAUGAUAUUGGUAACUUGGGAAACAAUUUAAUGGACUCAUCAAAGAGUUGAAAGUUGAGAUUGUGCUGUGUACACACGAACUGAAGGAGCACAUCCUGGCAUCUAUCCAAUUCGACCAUGUGGAGAAUGCGGGCGACCAUUUCCUAUUUUGUUUCGUGAAUUCUACCUGAGCAUUUCUCGAUUUUGCAGUUGUGUAGUUAAUCAACUGUUCUUCCGUGGCCCAACUGAGCAUAGCUCGUUCUCUCACUGGAGCACUCUCAUGUUAAAGAGAGAAGUUUCUCUUGUGGCCAGUCAGAUUCAGUUGCAAUUUCUUGAAAUGAAUGAAGUGAUGUGGUCCUUCUUUCCCUCCAAA